AUGACAGUGACAAACUUCCUUAUAAAAGAUUGUAAUAUAAGUGACUUAUGUAAGUUAGAAGCCAUUGGAAUUACUGAUCCUACUGAAUCGAAAAAGAAGACUGAAAUGCAUCAAGGUACUUCAGAUUAUUUUCGAAACACUCUGACGAUUGAUGAGGAAGGGAGGUACGAAGUCGCCUUACCUUGGGUGUUAGAAUCAUCCCGGCUCCCUGACAACAGACAAAUGGCCGAGAAACAACUUUCUUCUGUUUAUAAAAUACUUGUAGAAUCCGAGAGAGUUGGAGUAUAUGCAGAUAUCUUUAAAAAAUGGAUUGCUGACGGUGUCAUUGAAGAAAUCGAAGAUAAAAAGGAAUUGAAUGUAUACUAUCUCCCGCACAGGCCUGUAUUUAAAGAGAGCAGCAUUACUAAGAAAGUGAGGCCAGUUUUCGAUGCAUCCGCACUUAUAAAGGGUACACCCUCACUGAAUGCCUACUUAGAAAGCGGUCCUAAUUUAAUUGAACUUGUUCCUUCCCUACUGAAUCGUCUCCGGAAAUUUCCUGCUGGAAUAGCAUCAGACAUUGAGAAGGCAUUUCUUCAGAUCGGAAUCAGAGAGAGAUACAAGGAUUAUCUGCGAUUUUUAUGGAAAACCAAAGACAAGGGAAUGAAAAUCUACAGACAUCGUAGAGUUGUGUUUGGUGUCACCUGCAGUCCAUCCCUUUUAGCGGCAACUUUGAAUUGUCAUCUGGAGUUGAAGAUGAAAAAGAAGAGGCAGUACAACAGCAAUAUGUUGAACAUCCUGAGCUACCAGAAUCGGACGAAACGUCUCUGUCAAAUCUAA